UCCAGUACCACACGCGGCCGCUGGCGGCGCUGCCGAGCCCUGCAUCCCGCUCUGCCAAAAGAUGUGAAAAUGGCGGAGCUACAAAUGCUUCUGGAAGAGGAAAUUCCAGCAGGACGAGGCGCUCUUCUAGACAGUUUCACCAACUUGGAAAGAGUAGCAGAAUACUGCGAAAGCAACUAUGUCCAGUCUCCAGACAAGCAGAGGGCGCUGGAGGAGACCAAGAACUACACUACUCAGUCCCUGGCCAGCGUUGCCUACCUGAUCAACACGCUGGCCAACAAUGUGCUGCAAAUGCUUGACAUCCAGGCGUCGCAGCUGCGCCGCAUGGAGUCCUCCAUCAACCACAUCUCGCAGACGGUGGACAUCCACAAAGAGAAAGUAGCGCGGCGAGAGAUCGGCAUCCUCACCACCAACAAGAACACCUCGCGCACGCACAAGAUCAUCGCCCCGGCCAACCCCGAGAGGCCCGUCCGCUACAUCCGCAAACCCAUCGACUACAGCCUGCUGGACGACAUGGGCCACGGAGUCAAGUGGCUGCAAAGGUUCAAGGCCAGCGCUCAGAACAUGAAAACCGGAGGAGGCGUCCUCCCUCGCACCAACCCCCCCACACAGAAGCCCCCCAGUCCGCCUAUGUCAGGGAAAGGGACUCUUGGGCGCCACUCCCCCUUCCGGACACUCGAGCCGGUGCGUCCUCCCGUUGUCCCUAACGACUACGUCUCGAGCCCGACGCGCAACACGGCGCCCCCCCAGCAGAGCCCCGCACACACUGCAUCCGUUAAUCAGAGGAACCGCACAUACAGCAGCAGUGGGAGCAGCGGAGGAAGCCACCCCAGCAGCAGUCGCAGCAGCAGCCGAGAGAACAGCGGCAGUGGCAGCGUGGGCGUGCCCAUCGCCGUGCCGACACCUGCCCCGCCCACAGUAUUCCCAGGUUCAGCCCCUCUCCCACCUAACACGGCCAAAUCUCCCCCUAACACUGCCACCACCCCCGGGCCACCUCCUUCUGUCCUAGACGGCCCACAACAGGCCCCUAACCCCUCUGUAGAGAUCCCGCCUGUGCCCCCACCCCCUCCUCAGCUCCCUGCCUCCAUGGCCCCCUCAGGCACCGGCCCCACUUCUUAUGGCAACCCCGCACAAGGUGCGCCUCAGUUCUACAGCAUGAACCGCCCGGCGCAGCAGCAGCCCCAGAACCCCCAGGUCGGGGGGUCUCUGCCGUUCCGCCGGCCCUCGUCGGUCACGGGCCAGCCCAACACGGCCCACCACAACCAGAGCCAGCUCAACGGGGGGCCGCACUUCGCCCAGAACCAAGCAGGCCCACACGCGCCCCCUCCCCCAUCCAUGCAGAUCACCCCGCAGCUGCCUCUCAUGGGCUUUGUGGCCCGAGUUCAGGAGACUAUUUCAGACGUGCCGCCUCCACCGCCGCCCUCUGACGAGCCGGUGUUCGAAGAGCCCACCCCUCCCCCUCCUCCGCCCGAGGACUAUGAGGAUGAGGAGGAGGAAGAGGAGUCGGCGGUGGUGGAGUACACCGACCCCUACGCCGAGGAAGACCCACCAUGGGCCCCACGCAACUACCUGGAGAAAGUGGUGGCCAUUUACGACUACAGCCGCGACAAAGAAGACGAGCUGUCCUUCCAGGAGGGCGCCAUCAUCUACGUGAUCAAGAAGAACGACGACGGCUGGUUUGAGGGAGUGAUGAACGGGACCACGGGUCUCUUCCCCGGUAACUAUGUGGAAUCCAUCAUGCACUACGCCGACUGAGCAGCCCUCCUCUGAUCGGAGCGGGCGGAGACGUGGAUCAGACGGAGCACGACCUCCAUCCGAGCGAAGCCGUUGUAAAGCACACGACAAACUGAGGUCAUUCUUUCGACAUAGUUGUCGCCAUUGUAAAACAACCACUGCUCUAGAUAUAUCCUCCCUUGUAAUGUUUCUUUCUUUCUUUGACCAAACAGGAGUGUUAAGUUAUGAAGCCACUACAGUUUGUUUUUUUGGGUUUUUUUUCCGUUUUGUUGUUGUUUACCAAGUCGCCCUUACUUUAAACAAUAUUUAUUUGUAGUCGAAGAAAGGGCUGGAGGAAAAUGCCUUCAUGUGUAGAUUUCUCCUCAACACUCCAGAGACAACAAGAUCCUCAAUAAGUGGGGGAGGGGGGAGGGGGUUGGGUUUCCAGAUUUCCAGUCGGGUACCUCAGGGACGGUGCCAAAGCUGAGCAAGACAAGCACACAGGAUGUCUUAACGUGACGUCUGUAGGCAAAACGAGUGCUUUAGGUGAGAGUUCGGAUCGUUUUCUGCAAAGUUUCAUUUGACGAAACGCAACGUUUCAGGCAGGCGGGUCGAUUCGUGCUUCACUUCGCAAGCCGGCGUGCGAUUUCCGAAGAGAAGGAAUCCUCAUCCAGCCCUGGAAUAACGCGUGUUUUUUGGAAGGGGAGCAUUUUAUUUUUCUUUCUUUUCUUUUUUUUUUUAUGGUUUUGCUUGCAGAGCGUCGGACUGCAUGUUUUCUUUCCUAUUGAUUACCGUCUUAAUAUUUUCAGAUAUGGUGUGGUUUGGUUUUUCUAUAUUCGCCCUCUUACUCAGACGACGACGUCAUCUCUCGGUCAUCUCUCGGUCAUCUCUCGGUCAUCUCUCGGUCAUCUCUCGGUCAUCUCUCGGUCAUCUCUCGGUCAUCUCUCAGACGCUUGUGCCAUAUUGAAGUGUGUGUUGCUGUUCAGAGGUUAUCAAUCACUUCAUUCGCAAUAAAAGUCGCCGGUGGGGGUUUGAGGGACUGGUACUAAAAUGCAAAACUUUCUCAGCUUCUCCCCCCCUGAGUCGUUUCAAAUCGAAAGCACAUACGUUUGUAAUAAAAAAAAACAAAAAAAGGUGUAGAAGAAGAAAUAAUAUAACUGUGAGAUGUAUUAUGUCCUCACGGAUGGACUUGUCGAAUAUGAAAAGAAGCCAGCUGUCGCGUUGAAAUGGUUUUAGCGGCCAUACUGAGCAAAAAAAAUAAAUAAAAUUCACUUGUCCUCCGUAUAGUUCAAUACGCUUGGCCGUUGGGUGUUUCCACCAUGUCAGGAUCUUUAUUUUUUAUUUUAAAUGGAGAAAAAAAAAAAACAGAAAUAAGUGGGUCUGUAUGUGAGUCUUGCAUGCCAUUGUUCUGAUCUGUAAACCUACAUGGCGAGAUCACCCAUUUCUAAGAAAAAGACGAGCCGCCCUGACCAGUAACAACCAGCCUCAUCCAAAGAGACUGUCUAACUUCAAGCCCACGUCCGAGGAGUCGCUCUCUGACCUGAAAGUAGCCAUCAUUACGUCACCCGUGGACCAUUAUGUGCAAGCUGCUAGUGAAUCCAGCAGGCGGGAUAUUUACGUAACACUACAUAGAUGACACUAAACGGUCAAAACUUACAUGUAAGGCCUUUGGCCUGCAGGAUUCACAACCUUCUGGAGUCACGGAUGUCCCUUAGGACGUCAGGUUAACAGUCCAUAAUGCCAUUGUGUUGCACAGUCAAAGUUGAAUUGCAGAAGUAUCAUAUUUGUAAAAUCAUGAGAACAAAGACAAUAAAGUUAUUAAGAUUUA